UUCUGUAGGUCUUGUGGUGUCCCUGGAAGUGUCAGAGAGCCCUGGGAGUAUCCAGGUGGCCCGAGGUCAGACAGCAGUCCUACCCUGCACUUUCUCUACCAGUGCUGCCCUCAUUAACCUCAAUGUCAUUUGGAUGGUCAUUCCUCUCUCCAAUGCUAACCAACCUGAACAGGUCAUUCUGUAUCAGGGUGGACAGAUGUUUGAUGGUGCCCCCCGGUUCCAUGGUAGGGUAGGAUUUAUAGGCACCAUGCCAGCCACCAAUGUCUCCAUCUUCAUUAAUAACACUCAGCUCUCAGAUACAGGCACCUACCAGUGUUUGGUCAACAACCUUCCAGACAGAGGGGGCAGGAAUAUUGGGGUCACUGGCCUCACAGUGUUAGUUCCUCCUUCUGUCCCACACUGCCAAAUCCAAGGAUCCCAGGAUAUCGGCAGUGACGUCAUCCUACUUUGUAGCUCAGAGGAAGGCAUUCCUCGGCCAACUUACCUGUGGGAGAAGUUAGACAAUACCCUCAAGCUACCUCCAACAGCCACUCAGGACCAGGUCCAGGGUACAGUCACUAUCCGGAACAUCAGUGCUCUCUCUUCAGGUUUGUAUCAGUGCGUGGCUUCUAACGCCAUUGGAACCAGCACCUGUCUUUUGGAUCUGCAGGUUAUCUCACCUCAGCCCAGGAGCAUUGGACUAAUAGCUGGAGCCAUUGGCACUGGUGCAGUUAUUAUCAUUUUUUGCAUUGCACUGAUUUUAGGGGCAUUCUUUUAUUGGAGACGCAAACAUAAAGAGGAGGAGGAAGAAGAAAUUCCUAAUGAAAUAAGAGAGGAUGAUCUUCCACCUAAAUGCUCUUCUGCCAAAGCAUUUCACACAGAGAUAUCCUCCUCAGAGAACAACACGCUGACCUCUUCUAACACCUACAACAGUCGAUACUGGAGCAACAAUCCAAAAGUUCAUAGAAACACGGAGUCAUUCAACCACUUCAGUGACUUGCGCCAGUCUUUCUCCCUUCACUCAGGCAAUGCCAACAUCCCCGCCAUCUAUGCUAAUGGGAACCAUCUGGUGCCGGGUUCACAUAAGACUCUGGUAGUGACAGCCAACAGAGGGUCUUCACCRCAGAUCAUGUCCAGGAACAAUGGUUCAAUCAGCAGGAAGCCUCGGCCRCAGCACACACACUCCUACACCAUCAGCCAAGCAACACUGGAGCGAAUUGGUGCAGUUCCUGUCAUGGUGCCAGCCCAGAGUCGGGCAGGGUCYCUUGUAUAGGACAUGAAGAGAGGUUGUGUUCAGAAAAAAAUAAAUGGGAUGCCUCCAUACAAGGGGAAGGGUGGGUUGGGUGAGUGCUGGGAAAGAUAGACUUUCCUUAUGAUUAUAUUAGACAAAAGCACAAAGAGGAAGACAGUGCUCUUACUGGCCACUAAGAUGUGUACAGUGGACUGGAACCCUCCAUCUUGAAGCCUUGUCUCCCCACCACAGAUGUCCUGGGAUUCUUUUCAAAAAGCUGCAUCUCAAAGAUGUGCCAAGCCAAGGAGAAAUAUAAGAGCAGAAUAGCACUUAAAACUCAAACUGCAGUCCAGAUGGGCUUGUUCUUUAAUUCAUGCCUAACUUAAUAAUUUCAAGAGAUUAAAGUGCCAGAUGGAAUUUAA